GAAAGUGGAACAGCAGUAAUCCGUUUCACUGCCAAACAAAAAACCAAGCAGUAGACAGAGACAAAGGACAAGCGGAGAGCACAGAAUGUGUCCUGUGUUGCUAUUGGUGGCUGUAGUGGUGGUGGGCGUGGUCAGAGGAGCCGGUCAAUGCUGGGAUCAUCCUGUCUGCCAGCAGGUGAACUCUGAGAGGAGCAUGACGGAGUGUAUCCAGCUGUGCCACUUUGAAAACAAUGACAAGCCCAUCAUCCCUGGUGAUGCCCAUCUACAGCCUCCUCCUUCAUCCUUCUUCUCCUCUCCCCAGGCCAAACGCUCCUACUCCAUGGAGCAUUUCCGCUGGGGGAAGCCUGUUGGGCGAAAACGCAGACCAAUCAAAAUCUACACCACCAAUGGUAUGGAGGACGAGUCAGCUGAUCUUUUCCCUAGUGAGAUGAGAAAGAGGGAGCUUGCCAGGGAGAUGAUGAUGGAGGAAAAUGAGGAGAGGGUAGAAGAGGUGGGACAGGAGGCGCUCCCAGGUGAUAGCCAUGAGAAAAACGAUGAAAUGUACAAGAUGAAGCACUUCCGCUGGGGCAGCCUGCCGGCAAGCAAACGUUACGGCGGGUUCAUGAAGAGCUGGGACGAGCGCAGCCAGAGGCCGCUGAUCACGCUCUUCAAAAACGUCAUCAACAAAGAUGCCCAGGAAGAGAAGAGAGAGCAGUGAGGGGGAGAAGAGGGAGGGAUGGAGAGAAGAUGACCAGACAGACAAAUUUUAUUCACAACUGCACUUUGAUGUGAUUGGCCAACUAGUCCUAUGAAUAAAUACAAGACAUGGUUUUAGUCAUUGCCAGAUUAACCCAUGAGAGUUUAAAACAACAGUAAUCAGGCAACUAGAAAUCCCCUUUAUAUAUGUGUAAUUUGUAAUUUCUAAAGAAGCAGAAGAACUGCUUAUGUUCAUGUGGCUGCAAUCAACUAUUUUUAUU